UUUAAUUCGAUCUCCCUUCUUUUAUAAAAAAAAAAAAGAGAUUGGAAAACCCUAUUUCAGCCGGGUUGCAAUGUCAACUGUGCCGUCAAUGUCGGCAGCAGGACAAAGUUGGGAAGAUCCUACCCCGUCGGAGUGGCCAGAGAAUGAUUAUCGUCUACUUUGUGGUAAUCUUGGGAAUGAGGUCAAUGAUGAUGUCCUAUCAAAAGUCUUUUCAAGGAUUCCAACCUUUAACAAGGCUAAGGUUGUGAGAAACAAGCAGACUGGUAAGACCAGGGGAUACGGAUUCGUGAGUUUUUCCAACUCAUUAGACCGUGCUGCGGCACUUACAGAAAUGAAUGGGAAGUACGUUGGAAAUCGACCGAUUAUACUUCGCAAAAGCAAGUCCAGGACUGACUAUGAAGCUCUAGAAAGACGCAGGGCAAGGACUUUCACACAGUGAUUGUCCUAUCUAGUAUAUGAUUUGUUGAAGUCAUAGAUUGACUUGUUAGACACUGUCAAAUAGCUUGAUCUCAUUGGACUUUGUAAGAAGACGUCUAACGUUGCUUUAAUGUUCACAUCAAAUUAAUAGAUGAAGAUCGAAGACGUAUGUCUUAUGAAGCUUAAGAUUUGAUGGACAAAGUUAGUCACAAUUUCACUAUACUCAUGUCAAUGAAAGGUAACAACGGUUAAAUGUGAAGUAUUUUUCUUUGAA